AAAACACAUAUAAAAUAAUGCUGCAGUUGCGUUCGCUGCUGGCAGCUCUGCUGCCGCUGCUGCUGUUGCUGCAGGCACACGUCUCAGUGGACGCCGGUCGGCCGCUAAAAAUUCUGGGCCUGUUCCCCCACCCCGGCGUCAGUCACUUCCAUUUCUUUCAACCCAUCAUGCAGGGUCUGGCCGAGGCAGGGCAUGAAGUCAGCGUCGUUAGCCAUUUUCCGGCUAAAAUUCCAACUGCACGCUACAAGGACUUCCCGCUAACAGGCAUAGAGAAGCUGACUAACAGCGUCGACUUGAAGUUCUUCGACAAGCGUCCCUUCUAUAAGCACUUCAUCGAGUUCUUUCUUCUCUACGAAUGGGGCAAGGAGGCUUGCAAUUCGACCUUACGUUCCGAGGCUUUGCAGACGGUCAUGAAGCGCAAGGCUGGAUACUAUGACGUCAUCAUUUUGGAGCAGUUCAACACUGAUUGCAUGAUGGGCGUGGCACAUCAGCUGCAAGCACCAGUGAUUGCCCUAAGCAGUUGCUCCCUGAUGCCGUGGCAUUUCGAGCGCAUGGGCGCUCCGAUAAUCCCAUCGCAUAUACCGGUUUUAUUUUUGGGUCAAUCGCAGGACAUGAACUUUGGCGGACGAUUGGCCAACUGGUUUAGCUUCCAUACGCUUAACUGGAUGUACAAGCUCUUAUCGGUGCCCGCUGCUGAUGCAAUGGUUCAGUACAAGUUUGGCCACAAUAUGCCCUCGGUGGGUGAGCUGGCGAAGAAUACCUCCGUUUUGUUUGUGAACACACACUACUCGCUGAGCGGUCCAAAGCCGCUGCCGCCUAACGUCAUCGAGCUGGGCGGCGUUCACAUCCAAAAGACAAAUCCAUUGAGCGCUGAUCUGCAACGCCUGCUGGACAAUGCCGAGCACGGGGUGAUACUCAUUAGUUGGGGCUCCAUGAUACGCGCCAAUUCGUUGUCGCCGGAAAAGCGCGAUGGCAUUGUGCGUGCCGUGGCCCGUCUCAAGCAGCAAGUCAUCUGGAAGUGGGAGAACGAGACGCUCGAGAAUAAGCCGCCCAAUCUGCACAUCAUGAAAUGGCUGCCACAGCGCGACAUCCUUUGCCAUCCCAAUGUGAAGGUCUUUAUGACGCAUGCCGGCCUCAUGGGCAGCUCUGAGGCGGCCUACUGUGGCGUGCCCGUCGUGGCCACGCCCAUGUACGGGGAUCAGUUCCUGAAUGCGGCUGCCCUGGUGCAGCGUGACAUGGGCGUGCUGCUGCACUACGAGGACAUUGGCGAGAAUACGGUCAUGCGAGCUUUGAAGCGAGCGCUGGAUAAGAAACACGUGGAUGCCGCCAAGCUCGUCUCGCACUCGUUCAAAUAUAGACCGCAACAGGCACUGCAGCUGGCCAUCUGGUGGGUGGAGCAUGUGGCUCACACUGGCGGUGAUCCUCUAUUGAAAUCCAGCGCUGUAGAGCUGUCCCGCUUUGUGUACUAUUCGCUGGACUGCUAUGUUGUCGUUGGCCUCAUUCUGGCCAUGGUAGUUGGCAGUUGGAUCGCACUCAUACGGCGCUGUUGCGGCAAGCAAUCCAAUAAAAAGAACAAAAGGAUUGAAUUUGAAAAAAAAAAAAAAAUGCAAGCAAAUUGUAUUUGGAAAUGUUUGCUGCUGUCUUCGCUGAUUGCUGGAAUCAGCCCAGUGGGAGCUCUCAACAUCUUGGGUCUCUUCAUCCAUCCCGCCAUCAGCCAUUUUCAGUUCUUUCAGCCACUUCUGCGCCGGUUGGCCGAAAUAGGUCACAACGUGGAUGUCGUCAGCCCAUUUCGCGAUGCACAGCCACCGAAGGGCUAUACGGACUACACCCUGCCCAGCGUCAAUUUGAGCAACCAACUUGGUUUCGAUAUGUUUGAAGAUAUUCCUAUGCCAUCUCUGUUGCCGUUCGGCGAGUUCUUCAUUCUGUACGCCUAUGGCAGGGAUGCCUGCAAUGCGACGCUGCAUAGCGAGGCACUCGCCCAGGUGCUCCAACAUCCUGCUGGCUAUUAUGACGUCAUCAUCAUGGAACAAUUCAAUACGGAUUGCAUGAUGGGUGUGGCUUAUCAACUGCAGACGCCCGUCAUCGCCAUGAGCAGUUGCGCCCUGAUGCCGUGGCAUUACGAACGCAUGGGCACUCCAAUAAUACCAUCCUAUAUCUCGGCUCUGUUUCUGGGCCAGUCCGAGAACAUGUCCUUCUCGGGUCGCCUUGGCAACUGGCUGACCACGCACACGCUCAAUUGGCUUUACAGCUUGUUUAAUGUGCCCGCUGCUGAUGCGCUGCUCCGUCAGAGAUUUGGCCCCGGCAUCCCGAGCACUGGCGAGCUGGUGAAGAACACCUCACUGAUGCUCAUCAAUCAGCAUUUCUCCUUCAGCGGCGCCAAGCCUCUGCCACCGAAUGUCAUCGAAGUGGGCGGACUGCAUCUAAGGGCAGCGAAGCCCUUGGACGAUGCACUGCAGCAGCUGUUGGACAACGCUGAGCAUGGCGUUAUACUCAUCAGCUGGGGCUCCCAGCUGAGAGCCAACUCGCUGUCCAGCGCUAAGCGUGAGAGUCUCCUUCGCGCCUUGGCUCGUCUACCGCAGCAGAUUAUCUGGAAGUGGGAGAACGACACGCUGCCCAAUCAACCAGCCAACGUGCACAUCAUGAAGUGGCUGCCACAGCGCGAUAUCCUAGCGCAUCCCAAUUUGCGCGUAUUCUUCAGCCACGGCGGCCUGAUGGGCCUCACGGAGGCCGUCGCCAGCGGCGUGCCUGUGGUGGGCAUGCCAGUCUAUGGUGAUCAGUACUUGAAUGUGGCGGCUCUGGUGCAACGGGGCAUGGCUGUGCGUGUGGACCUCAGGCAGUUCAGCGAACAGACCAUAUUUGACGCACUCACUCAGGCAUUGGAUCCCAGCUACAAGCAGCAGGCCAAAAAGGUUGCUGCUGCCUACAACGAACGUCCGCAAUUGGCGAUGGAUAACGCUCUCUGGUGGGUACACCAUGUGGCUGAGACACGCGGUGCUCCACUGCUGCGGUCCAGUGCUGUGAAGCUCAAUCGCUUUGUCUACUAUUCGCUGGAUGUCUAUUUGGCAGUUGGGGCAGCUCUGUUAUUGCUCCUGGUCAUCGCUCUUAAAAUAUGGCGUAUAUGCUGCGGACGGAAGCGACAACUGUUGAAAGCCAAGCGAAGUUAGUUAAGAGCAGAUAAUAAUAAUAAAAAUUAC